GUCGACCUUUGCGUCUGAGUAUGGUGUCGCCGUUUGGAACCCGUCGCCCCAAAAGGAGCGAGAAAGAGAGCGGCGCGAGGGAAAGAGAGUGAGCACAACCGGUCGGCUGGGGUUUCUGCCAUUCUCGAUCGCUUCCGGCCGCCCCCAAAGACACACAAGGCGCCGCAAGCUUCCAGAACACCUAGACGACAGGCACAGGACUACAAUGCCCAUGAAGAAGACAGCCCCGAAAAGCGUGCAAUGGUCCACCGUGACCGUGUAUGAGUUCGGCGUAGCACUGGGAGGCAGCGCCGUCCCGCGCCGUGGCGGCCCGUCAAUCGGCCUGGCCCGGACGCCGCAGGAGGUGUGGAGCACAACGCUGGACAAGGUGCGACGCUGUGGGGACCUUGCGCUUACGCGCCCUGGCUGCGCUGCAACCGAGGAGAAAGAGAACGCGGGCAGUGCGGACCGGAAUGAGCAGCGCAAGCCCCGCGUGCAGCGUGCUCGAAGAGUGCGUUGGCUGAAGCCGCUGGAGCGCAUCACGAUGUUGACCAAGGCUGGCUGCAGCGAGGAGCGCAUCUACCGCAUGAUGAUGGAGAGCUCCGACAUCGCCAUGUCUAGGAGGCUCUGCGUCUCGAUGCAGCGGCAAGUUACUGCAUGAAGAGAAGUCAG